AUGUCGAACAGUCUUAUUGCAGCUGUGCUCUGCUUGUCCGUCGGCCUGUCCUUUGAACGCGAGCUGCAGGCGUCACCCUCGACCAUCUACACGAUUGAUCCCUGGGGAGACGAGAUGAAGUACCCCGAUGUGAAGCUGCCGGUGAACGGAGCAGUGCAGUUCAAGUGGUCUGAGUUCCACGGCGUGUACCGCAUUCCCAUUUCCACAUGCCCUGGCGCAUUCACCCCCGGCAAUGGCAUUGUGGCUCUGGCACCUGCCAGCAGCAGUGGCAGCUUCACCACACCUCCCCUGGCUGCUGGCACCUACUGGUACACCUGCCCGGUGCCCAAGCACUGCCAGGCUGGCCAGAUUGUCAAGGUGAUUGUCGGCUAA